AAACAUUAUUCCCUCUCCUCCAAGGUUUCCCUUUCCUCUCCCACGUCAUCUUUCUCGCCUGCCAAACAGAACAUAAAAGGUUUUUUUUGAGCUAUUAAAAAGCAAUAAGAUACGUCACAGAGGAGUCUUGUGCGUCCCUCCAGUACCAUAUUUGAUGCAAGGCUUUUUGUUUUCUAUCAUAAAUUCGUAAUAUCAAAAAGCGCACAGCGAGUGAGACUUCGAAAGUUCAAUUAUGGAGGAAUCGAAAGAAGAAUUCGAACCGCUUUUUGAUUACAGUCGAGUUCAGCCUCUCGACGUCGUAUGUCUAGACGACGAUUGUUCAGACUCGUCCCCAGCUUUCUUCCCCAAAAGGAGGAAGAUUUCCGAUUCUGCAGUUGAGAAGGGAAAAGGGAAUAAUGGGGAUGUCAUAGAGAUCAUUGACAGUGAAAAAAAGGAGGAUGAGGAGGAGGAUUGGUUGCCUCCUCCUCCCAAGGUUUCUAGUGACAGACAAAAGCUUGUUGAGGAUAGCACCAUAAAGGAGUUGAGGUUAAAGAAGCAGGAGCUGGUGUCAUUUGCCCAAUCUGCUGCAGAUGUAUUUCGAGCUGUUGAAGAGUCCGUAAAAAAAGAGUUUAGUACUUCAGUGCAGUCUUCCAUGGAAAAUGUCGCAGAUCAUCCAUCAAAAUCUUCUUGUGAAAGAGCUAAAAUAAUUAUUUCCAUCCAGGACAAGGAAGAGCUUAAGCAAUUUCGUGUGUACAUGGAUGAUAAGUUUGAGCGGCUCUUUAAAUCGUAUGCGGAUAAAGCUAAGCUUGAUGUACAAAGGUUGGUUUUUUGUUUCGAUGGAGAGAAAAUUAAUCCAACAGCAACCCCUAGUGGCCUUGGGAUGGAGGACGAUGACAUUAUUGAAGUGCAUGUUAAGUCAAGCUGAUCUAGGUUGUUGCUUCACCUAUGGCACUCGAAAUCAGUCACCAAUUGCUUUUGUUGGAGAUACAUAGUUCAGUUGUUAAAUACUUUUCAGCGUUUUAGCCAAAUGUGUUCUUUGAUUUUCAGUGCUCAAUUUUUGUGUAGUGUUAAUAUCGCGAAACUAACUUUUUGAGGAAGCACAGUACUCACAGCACUUUGGUAUUCUCCAGUAAAUUGUAAAUCAUCUCUUUCUGAAAUUUUUGGGCGGUUAACUGAAGAGCUGUUUGGACGAGCUAGUAGUAUUGAUGCAUUUAUAUAUUUAUUUAUUGUAUA